AUGACCAUGCCAGAAGAGUCAUCAGAAGAUGGCUUUCUUAUAACCCGUGCCGUUCUUAUCACCAUGUCCGUGGCUUUUGCGUAUAUUAUUCUCGUUGUUGGACUGAUGAUUUGGUGCCGACAUCGUCGAGCAGCUCGCAAAGCUCGCCUCAAUUUGGGAUCCUCCAAAGAAAAUGGGGGUGAUGUUGACCUUAAAAAUUGCGAAAUUGAACCAUGCCUUCCGGACAAAAAUUCCACCACUGGCGGGGAGAAUGGUGGAGUUAGUUCCGGACGUGCCAGAAGUAAGCAGAAGAAUGGAUCUGCCGGUGGAAAGGAUCUCGCCUCAAACUGUCCGGAUAAUGGGCAGGAUAAGAGUGAUGAUACGGUUAAUUCGAGCAAGUCGAAGAAAUCGUCCGGAUCGGGAACGGUGCUAGAACAGCUUGCUGUACCACGGUCUGCAGUUGUUGAACUGCUGCAGAUAGGCAAGUGUGACUUUGGUGAUGUGUAUAUUGGUAAGAUACGGGAGAACGAUUGUCGAUUGCCACCGCCGAAGGAAAGUGCUACCCAGGAACCGAUCGCUGGAGAUGAAGUAGGUCCCAGCACGGAGGUAGCCACUGAGAAUGAGCGCAAGAGUCCCGUCACGAAGCGUCCCUCGAAUGAAGAACUUAACGCAAUUCGACCUGAGAAUGACUAUAAACCCGUCAUGGUGAAGGCACUGACGAAGGUGAAGGAUGAACACUGUUGCGGAGAGUUCCGCCGCCAGCUUGAACUGUUCCGUACGGUAUCGCAUCGUAAUGUGGUGCAACUGUUUGGACUUUGUCGGGAUAAGGAUCCACACUAUCUGCUGCUGGAGUACACUGAUUGGGGAGACUUGAAGCAAUUCCUGUUGGCAACGUCACCAAUUACGCCACCGAACGGAACCGUGGAAAACAAGAAGGAUGCUGCCUCGAAACCACCGCCACUUAAUAUUCCACAGAUUCUUGCCCUCGCGCAUCAGAUUGGACGUGGAAUGGAUGCUAUCUAUAAGGCUCGAAUUAUACACAAGGAUCUCGCAACCAGAAACUGUAUCAUUAGCAGUGACUUUUCCGCCAAAAUCUCCAUGCCAGCAUUGGCACGCGACAAGUACAGCAAGGAGUACUGCAAACAUCGAAACCAGCUGAUGCCGAUUCGCUGGAUGGCACCGGAAUGCUUCCAGGAGGACGAUUACUCCAUCAAGAGUGAUAUCUUCUCGUUUGCCGUGCUCGUGUGGGAACUGUUUACCAAUGCGAUCGAGUUGCCAUUCAAGGAGCAAACGGACGAGGAAGUCAUUACGCUAGCCCAGACGGGCAAGCUCGAGUGGAAGGUGGCAGAAAAAACGCCCGAAGCGUUACACAAGAUUUUGACUUCUUGCUGGUCAGCGAACCCGAAAGAACGGCCCUCAUUCAGCCAGCUCGUCGUAGCGAUCGGAAACUGUCUGCAAAGCGAAUAUCCCAAGGAACCAACGGAAUAA